AUACAACGGGAAUAUUUUAUUCAAAAUAUCAUUUUAGAAGAUCUAGAGGGAUUUUACGACGUUUCUGAACAAUUUGUGGAUAAUUUUUCAAAUUUUUUCAUAUUCGAAAUUUUAACGACCAAGUGUAUGGAAUUUCGUUAAAAUUUCAUUUCAAAUUUCUUUAUGACGCUUUUUCUCAGCUUCUAGUUGACAUACAGAGAUAAUUUAUAUGUCAAAAUAAGCGUUAAUUCGUCAAGAUUCGAAUAAAGACACAUUUUUAUAAAUCGGUUGGGAAACCGUUAUGUAACGGGCAAUUUUCAAAAAAAACUCAUUUUUUUUCUUAAAGAGCCCUAAAAUCGCAAAACUUAUACCGACACCUAUAACUUUUUUUUCUUAAAGGAAUCCUAACGGGUGUACCUAUCCAUUAACACCUUAAUCUCAAAGAUCCAUGGAUGUUUGACAGAGUUAUAACGGUUUUUGUGCAGACGAAACGAAAAAUAUCUAAAUUUUCAUAGGUUUACCUUGAAAAUUUUAAGUUAUGACUUUUGUAGGUUAUGUGUACUUUAUGAUCAAUUUAGGUUGCGGAGUAGAUAAGAAACUUAUUUCUUUUGUUUUUAUCAAAAAUACAACUGUAAUCUGGAGAAAUAUAAGAUUUUAAAAAUAUUUACUAGACUUUUUUGGAAAAAAAAACUUUGUAGGUUUGAAACGAAAUUACUCACAUAAUGUUGAUUUAGUGUACCAUCUGCACAUUAUAUAGAUAUACAAUGGAAAGAGGGAGGUGGUGGAAAUGAGAGGACAAAUCUUAUGGAACGAAUGAAUGUACCAAAGUUUCAAAACACAGCGAAUGAAUUUUGUUAGGUCGUGAAAAGCGAAACAACUCCAAUCCAGUGCCCUGCCCUGGCUAUGAAAAACUCGAAUGCAACCCUGAAGGAAAUAAGGCAGUAAAGGAAGGUCAAAGAGGUUGCACACACAAAUGGAAGAGGAAUCCAACCAACUUGGCAUCGAUACGGAUAAGAAUAUCCAACCGUUUUUUAAACAUUGUAAUUUUUCAAGACAAAUCGCACACAGAGACAUCUAGUAUGCAAUAGUUGAACGAAGAAACUGUUACCGAAAUUCCAAUCUGACAUUUCCUUUUGAUAUUUUCGUUAUCUAUUCGCUCUUACCUCAUUUUUUGUAAACAAAGCAGAAUAAAUAUGUUUUUUCUGCCGGUGUUCGGUUUCCGUGGUUUAAAGUCCACACAAAAAAUCUUCUCAAGACUUGCAUCGGAGUCUACAAUCUUUAAUUUAUCAUCAGGUUAUGGCAAAUGUGGGGUGUCGGUCAUUCGUGUGUCAGGACCACAAACAACACAGGCUCUACGUGCUAUUGUUUCUGAGAAUUUCACUCCAAGAGAUCGAUAUGCUACAUUGAGAUCCCUUUAUCAUCCUGUGAGUAAGGAGAUGAUUGACAAAGGACUUGUACUAUGGUUUCCAGGACCAAACAGCUUCACAGGUGAAGACUCUUGUGAAUUCCAAGUUCAUGGUAGUUUAGCAGUAGUUGAAGCAAUGUUCGAUGCAUUGGGAAGCAUUCCUGGCCUGAGAAGAUCGCAACCAGGAGAGUUCACUAAACGUGCUUUCUUCGCUGGCAAGCUAGAUCUCACAGAAGUGGAAGGUCUGGCCGAUUUGAUUCAUGCAGAGACUGAAACACAGAGAAAACAAGCACUCCUCCAAAGCACUGGUUCUCUUUCGAAGCUAUACAAAAACUGGCGGGAGAGACUCCUCAAGUGUAUAGCUCAUAUGGAAGCUUAUAUAGAUUUUGCCGAGGAUGAGAAUAUUGAAGAUGAUCUAUUGGAUAACCUUUGUACCCAAUUAAUUUCCAUUCGAGAUGAUAUCCAAAGACACUUGAAUGAUCAACGUAAAGGUGAAAUCCUACGUGACGGAGUUCAGACAACGAUUGUCGGUGCCCCAAAUGUAGGCAAAAGUAGUUUCCUCAAUAUGAUGUGUCAACGUAGUGUUUCUAUUGUUACACCCAUUGCUGGAACUACACGAGACGUUGUUGAGUCAUUUCAUAAUAUUUGUGGUUAUCCUGUUCUUUUUGCUGAUACAGCUGGUCUCCGAAUUGAUACUGAUGAUAUUGUUGAACAGGAGGGAAUUAAUCGGGCCAGAGAUCGUUUACAAAAAUCCGACUUAAUUUUGCUUGUAAUGGAUGCAAAGGUGUUGAGUGAUAAACGAGUUAUAAACAAAGCUUCGUUUGAGAGUUUUAAGAAAGAUUAUCUCAAGGAAUUGGGAAUCACAUCGGAUAUGUCAGGUGAAAGCAAUCUUUUAAUCAUAUUAAAUAAGACUGAUCUAGUCGGAUCGGAGGACCUUGAAAACUUCAAGUCCUUGGAUGUUGCUUUAGUGUCGUGUUUAAAUAUGGAAAUUGAUAACCUAUUUCAGGAACUGGAGAAAAGAUUAAGAUUGAUAUGUUGCCAACCGACAGCAGAUAAUCCACGUUUAACGAAUUCCCGUUAUAGGCAAUUGUUGAGUAAUUGUUGUGAACAUAUGAACGAUUUUCUUAAUAACUACACUAUGACUAAUCCGUAUCAGGACUUAGCCAUUGCGGCACAAAUUCUUCGAAAAGCUGUGAAAUGCAUUGAACAAAUAACUGGACACGUCAGUACCGAUGAUAUUCUUGAUGUGGUAUUUAGAGAUUUUUGUAUUGGAAAAUAAAGCUGAAAAUAUAUUGUUCAUUAAAUGAG